AUGGAUGGAAGCAGCGGCGACGAGAGCACGACCAGCGACUCCCCAUCCAUCGGGCGGAAGCUACCAUCGUCUCGUUUCAAGGGAGUGGUUCCACAGCCCAACGGGCGGUGGGGUGCCCAGAUCUACGAGAAGCACAAACGCGUGUGGCUCGGCACUUUCAACACCGAGGACGAGGCCGCCCGAGUGUACGACACCGCCGCGCUGCGCUUCCGCGGCCGUGACGCCGUCACCAACUACAGCCUUACGCCUGGCGACUGCGUGGAGGAGACCUUCCUAGCCUCCCGCUCCAAGGCCGAGGUCGUCGACAUGCUCCGCAAGCACGCCUACGAGGACGAGCUCGAGCAGUGCCGCCGCCACGGGGCCAGCAGAGGCUCCUCCGCCCCUCGCGACCACCUCUUCGAGAAGAUCAUGACUCCCAGCGAUGUCGGGAAGCUUCGCCUCGUCAUCCCCAAGGAGCACGCGGAGAAGCACUUACCCCUCAAAAACAACAACAGUUCCAAGGGGGUUCUGUUGAAUUUCAAGGAUGGAGGGGGAAAGGUGUGGCGGUUCAGGUACUCGUACUGGAGCAGCAGCCAGAGCUACGUGCUAUCCAAUGGCUGGAGCGGCUUUGUCAAGGAGAAGAAACUGAGGGCCGGGGACGUUGUAACUUUCCAGAGGUCGGAGGGUCAGCUCUACAUCUGUGCGAAGUGUAAAAGCGGUGCUGGCACGGGCCGGGUAGUAAGGCUGUUUGGAGUCGACAUAUUCGAGAAGAACGACGGCAACUGCGGUUGGUCGGACGACGAUGAUGAUGAUGAUGAUAUGGUGAGUCUGGAGUUAGGGUUUUUGAGGUUGAGUCCCAGGAAAAAGCUAAGGUAUAUUGAUGCCUUGUGA